AUGUGGAAGAUCUACGCUGGACCCUCCGACCUCGGAUCGACCGACAAGGUGUGGGAGAAUCUCAAGGCCAUCACCCUCAAGAACCCCAUCACGGGCAACCUGCACGGCAGCCCCCUCACCAUUUGGUCUCGCGGUGGUCUCAUCUUCGGUAUCGCCAACAUCAUCGGAAACUUCGGCACCGUGUUCGUCGACCAGUCCUACUGGCAGGGAGCCGUCGCUUGCAAGCCCUCUGCUACCUGGAAGGGCUACAUGCUUGGAGGCAUGGCCUGGUUCGCCAUCCCUUUCAGUAUGGCCACCACCCUCGGCCUUGCUGCCAGGGCUCUUGAUCUUCCGAUUACCAUGAGCGAGGCUGGCUCCGGCCUCGUUCCUCCAGCUGUUGCCCUGCACGUCAUGGGACAGGGAGGAGCCUUCUUGAUCGUUCUCCAGCUCUUCUUGGCCGUGACAUCCACCGCAAACUCCGAGCAGCUCGCCGUUGCUUCCCUCUUUGCCUACGACGUGUACAAGAGGUACUUCAGACCUCAGGCCUCCGGCACCGACAUCAUCUUCGUCUCUCGUGUCGCUGUCCUCGGCUGGGGUAUCUUCUCCGGUGUCAUCGCCAUCAUCCUGUUCGAGCUGGAGAUUGGCCUUGGCUGGGUUUACGUGGCUAUGGGCAACUUCAUCGGCUCUGCUGUGUUCCCUCUCGCCGCCUGCCUCACUUGGAAGGACUGCUCUGCCACUGGUGCCAUCUGCGGUGCCUUUGCUGGUCUUGCCGCUGCCAUGAUCACCUGGCUGGUGAUCGCCGACACCUACUACGGCGAGGUCAACGUGGCCAACAUGGGCAGCGACUACGCCUUCUUGGGAGGCAACCUGAUGGCUCUCUUCAUCUCUCCCAUGGUCGGCAUUCCCAUCUCUCUCAUGGCCCCUCAGAACUACGACUGGUCUAAGCUCAGAGCCGAGACCGACGGGGUUGUUGUGUUGGACGCCGGAGAGCACGCUACUGGCUUGAAGCUCGACGACGAUGGUGAAGACGGCGUUGCCGCUAUGGACAGGGCUCUUUGGAAUACCUCCGUCUACGGAGGAUCUCUCUCGAUUGUUCUGAUUCUCAUCUGGCCCAUCCUCGCCCUUCCCGCGCGUGAGUUCACCAAGAGCUACUUUGGGUUCUGGGUCGCAAUCGCUUUCAUCUGGGGACACGUUGCUGCUAUCAUUACCGUCAUCUAUCCCAUCUGGGAGGUGCGACAGGACAUUUAUGAUGUUUUGGUGGGAGGCAAGCGACAUGUUCCAGAUCAACCCAUCACCCAAGUUUCGAUGCACGGUCAGCACAAGUACUCUGUGCACGGGGCAACGGAGUGGAAGGAUGUGUUCUCCUACCACGGCAAGCAGGCUGAUGCGGAGCAGGGGCAACCCCAGGAAAUCAACAUGGUGAACAUGCAGCCCGUCCCAGCGCCAGCACAGCCCAUGGGAACCGGGGAGACGAUUAUGUCUGGACAGGCUUAA